AUGGCCUUCAAGAAGGUGGAGCACAAGACACUCGUCACUGCCUUGCAAGUUUUGACGCCUUCUGCUAUCCUGCCAAACCGUCAGCAGUUGGCCACUUCGUUGCUUGAUGCAAGCUACGAAGACUUCCGCUCACGCCUAAUGCUAAAGGUGAAGGGCAAGAAGGUCACUCUGACGACCGACGGGUGUACCGACGUAAAUGGCAAAGCCGUCAUCAACUACGUCUUGCUCACAGAGGAUACAACGGUUUUCCUAGAAUUUGUCUACACAGGUUCUGAGUCGCACGAGACUCCCUAUCUUGCCUCUAACACAUUACGUGUCAUGGAGCAGCUUGACUUUGUCAGCAUCGCGGCUGUUGUGACCGACAACACUGCCACCAAUCAGCCGGUUUGGUCGACGCUUCAGCAGAAGAAGCCCAUGGUCUUCUUCCACGGCUGCAUUUCCCAUGCGCUUAAUCUGGUAGUGAAGGAUCUGGUUGAUCGGCUCCCAUGGCUAGGACAGCUCGCAGCAAAUUGCCGAAAGCUCGUUCACUUCUUGAAGAAGCGCCAGCAGCUGUGGUUUGAACUGAGGCGUCUUCAAUCCAUGGAGGGAAAGACACUGUUCUUCGAGGCCGGUUUCAGGUUUCGCAACCUGAUUCCAGGAUGGUCUCAGACUCGGACGUCCAGAUUGAACCCGGAAGUGGUGUUGGGAGUCGCUCAGGACCUUCAACACUUGCUCGCUUUGGAACUCCUGAAUUGGCGUGACAUUGCUUCAGGGGUUCCAUCGCAAAUUGUUCUUGCACCUGGACUGAGCGUUCCGAAACUCGAUGCUGAGGAAGACAAUGCGGAAGACAUCAAGGCUGAAGACCGGGAAGGUGAUCUAUUAAUGUCUGAUUACCAGGCCGGCGUCCUUGGCCCUGAAUGUCUGCGGCGUCUGGAAGGCAUUGGCAUCCGGACUGUUCGGAGCCCUGUGGGUUCGUCGCUUGGAGAACCGGACUUGAAGCGCCAGCACCCUGCUCCGUCUUCAAUUCCGUCCCUGAGCUCGCACCUGUCGCUACGGACGCCGACCCAAAUCAGCUACGAUUCGUCUCUCCCGGAUGCCAUGACGACGUCAAGCUCGCGACGCUCCUCGAGUUUAUUCGGAGCGUCCGCUAGCAGCUCGGAAGAAUCCAAUGUCAGUGGCACCUCGGGAUCACAGACGUCCCGGACGACGCAUUCCUCGUUAUCCUCAGGCUGGUCAGUCGGAGGCGCUACCGCGGCAUCUCACAUGCCGUAUGCGGGUCCCUCAGGAUUGGUGAUGACCGCCCAAGGAAGUGCCAUCCCGGAUGCCGGAGGUUCAGGAGGCCAAGUGACGCAGACGUUUAUCCCGGUGCCACGGGUGCAAGUUGGCCAGGACGAUGUCGAGAUGGCAGAGUCAAGGGGCGCUCGCAUCCGGAGUGCACGCCGGUCGAAGACGUCCAGGAAACGACGAACGGCCCGAGCGCCGAGCCCGGAUGAUCCGUCGGGGAAGUCUAGCCCGAAUGACGACGAUGAUGCUCGCUGGAACUCGAAGAAAGAGGACGACCCUGACGAGCCCAAGCGCAGCAUUCCGAAGGGCGAGCCCCUAGGCCGCGUUGAGCGUAUCGCUCCGCAGCCGAAGGAAGGUGACGCCCGAGAUGCCAACGGUGCGCUGAAGCUGACACAGGAUAUGCUGACCCGAAUGGAGCUCCGUCAAGACCAGAUGAGUCUGAACGUUGAGCGUGCCUUCACAGCAAUCCUGUCGCUGGCUCAACGGGCUAUCGACCAGGAGGAGCGCCUCGCCCGGAGUGUGGAGGCCCAGAAGAGUCCGAAACCGGAGUUCACUGCGUCGUCCCGCGAAGGGUCGAGAAGCACGCCGCCAGGUGUGCCAUCCGAGGUGUCGUCGUCGCCUGCCGUGCCAUCGCUGGAAGUGCUCAUCCGCCAGGCCGAGGAGGCCGCGCGCGCCGAGCUCGAGCGUCACUGGGAACAGCGGCAAGCCGAGGUCGAAGAGGAGAAGAAGGCUUGGACAACGGACAUCGAGCGUACUCUGAAUGUUCAGUUAUCAGCCUUCCAGCAGAAGAUUCGUGAUCUGGAAGACGCACCCAAUCGGGACCAAGCUACCAUCCGGAUCCUCCGGAAGGUUCCAGAAACUCGCUCGCGCAACCUUCCUGCAACAUCGUCCCAGGUUCAAGGAGCUGAAGGGUCGCCUUUACCUGAUCCAGUAACUCAAGAAUCUGGUCGCGCAACAUUGCACCCACAAUCGGGUAACGCAAUCAAGGGACACGCAGGGGGGAGACGAGACAGAAUGGGUAUGGAUUCCGAAACAGACAAACUUCGUGCAGCCCUUCGGGGAGUGACUGAAGUAAAGUAUGUGAAGGAAGAACCGGUCGCCCGGAGCAGAGAAGUGGCAUCUGAAGCCGUUGAGCCUAAAGGAGCCCGAGCGACUUUCCAGCAAGCGGAAAUCAAGCCGUCGGCUAGCGAUACCAGAGGUGAUGGUCAGAAGUCGGUGCCGAAGAAGCCGCGCAAGGAGCGCUCGCGCCGCAGCUCACGCAAGGACAAGGACUCCUCUGGGCCGGAUAGCGACCCGGAGUCAAGCGACAGCAGUUCCAACUCAAGCGACAGCGACUCCGACUUUCCAGCAAGCGGAAACCAAGCCGUCGGCCAGCGAUACCAAAGGUGA